GCGCUGCCGGGCUGGGUGGGGAUGCGCCGGGCAGGGAUCCAGCCGGCCCGGCCCGGCCCGGCUCGGCUCGGCUCGGCCCGGCGGGGGGCCACGUGGUGCGGCCGGCGGGGGCUAGUGCGAGCGGAAGAAAGGGGCGGCAGGAAAAGGGAAGCGGCGGAGCCAUUCCCGGUGGGGGGCGAAGGAGCCGCCCCACCCCCACCCCCACCCCCACCCCCACCCCGGCGCUGCUCGGGGGGAUCCGGCCGCGCCGAGCAUGGAGCCCGCCGGGCUGCGUCAGGAGUCGCUGUGCCCUGGCGAUUCCCGCUGAAGGCCCGUCCCGAGCCGUGCGAUGGACUCCAUGUUCGAGGAUGACAUCAGCAUCCUCACCCAGGAGGCCCUGUGCCAGGAUGAGGUGUGGCUGGACAGCCCCAACACGGACCUCUCCAGCGAGAUGUGCUCGGCCUCUCACUUUGCCCUCAUCACGGCCUACGAUGACAUCAAAAACCGCCUGACCAGCCUGGAGAGGGAGAACUCCACCCUCAAGAGGAGGCUGAAGAUGUAUGAGCUCAAGUACCCGGUGAUCGGCGAGUUCGGAGAGGAGCGCCUCUUCUCCGUCUACGACACCCAGGAGUGCUCCCUGCUGAAGAGCGAGAAGGCCAGCCUCCAGCAGCAGCUGAACCAGUUCCAGCAUGAGCUCCAGAAGAGCAAAGAGAGGGAGGAGCAGCUGGACGAGAUGAUCCAGGCGUAUGAGAAGCUGUGUGUGGAGAAGGCCGACCUGGAGUCGGAGCUGGGGGAGAUGAGAGCUUUGGUGGAGACUCAUCUGAAUCGGAUCCGGAGCCUGGAGCAGCAGUUGAGACAGAGAGAUGGCAACUCCUUCCAGAACCUCAACUCCCAGCUGCAGAACCAGGAGGUCCAAUACCUGUCUCUCCACGGCAGCCCUGGCCUGACACAUGUGCUGGAUCGGUCCAUGAGCUGGCAGAGCUCCCGCAGCCUGGAGCAGCCCAGCGAGCUGGAGGUGCACAGGCUGGAGGCCGAGCUGGAGGAGGCCCGGCACGAAGCCCAGAGCUCGCAGCGCCGGGAGGAGCAGCUGAAGGCAGAGUGCGAGAGGCUGCAGUCUGAGCUGAAGCAGCUCCAGGAGACCCGGGCGCAGGACCUGGCGACCAGUCAGUCGGAGCGGGACAUGGCCUGGGUGAAGAAAGUCGGUGAUGACCAGGUCAACCUGGCACUGGCCUACACCGAGCUGACCGAGGAGCUGUACCAGCUGAGGACCCUCAGCUCCCUGCAGAGCCAGAUCCUGCGAACGCUGCUGCAGGAGCAGCCCAUCAACGGCGGCCAGAGGCACUCCCCGCUCUCGCAGCGCCGCUCCCCGGCGCCGCCCUGCCCGCCCCCGGCUCAGCAAGGCCGGCCCCCGGUCCCCCCGUGCCAGUCUCCCGCGCUGCAGCGGCGGUCUCCCGUCCCCCCGAGCCAGUCCCCUGCCCAGCAGCGCCGCUCCCCGGCACCCCCCCCGAGCCAGUCCCCUGCCCAGCAGCGCCGCUCCCCGGCGCCCCCCCCGAGCCAAUCCCCCGCCCAGCAGCGCCGCUCCCCGGCCCCCUCCUGCCCGUCCCCCGCCUCCCAGCACCGGGCGCCUCCCGCCAGCGAGAGGAACGUGAUGGAUCUGGGGUACUCGAAGCCCCCAAGCCACCACAUCAAAGCCAGCUUCCAGGGGCGCCGCAGCUACUCGGAGGUGAGCGACGCUGCCGUGUACCGGCAGAGCCACUCCCUGUGGCUGCAGCCCGAAGCCUCCACGCUGCCAAAGCACCGUCCCUACGGCGAGGUUUACAUCGGCGGGGCCGGGGGCGCCAGAGACGCCUUCGAGGAGCACCUGCGCUUCGAGAAGCAGUCCUCGGACGAAGACGAGUGGGCCGUCCCCAGCCCCCCCAGUCCCGAGGCGGGAGCCACCCGCUGUGCCUCUUUUUGCGCUGGCUUCCCCAUCCCCGACCCCGCCGCGCACCGGACAGCUGCCUCCUACUCCAGGGCCGAGCACGCGCAGUCCUGGCCGUCGAUCAACCUGCUGAUGGAGACGGUGGAUUCUGACAUCCGAAGCUGCCCCCUCUGCCAGCUGGCGUUCCCUAUCGGCUACCCGGACGAUGCUUUGAUAAAGCACAUUGAUUCGCACCUGGAGAACAGUAAGAUCUGAGGCUCCUCCUCCUUCCUCCUCGUCACGACUUCCUUACAGCCCUGGCCCCCUUUGGAUGCUGCAUGAAAACGCGGGGAGCAACACGCCUCCCUAAAUACCUCCAAGUCUUCAGUACCUGCAGGAAAGACUGAACUGUAAGAGACUCACCUCUCCCCCUUCCCCUCACCUUGGUUUUAAGUGGGUUUCUUUUCCCCUCCGCUCCCCUCCCCGCCCCCGGGAAUGGCAGGAUCUGCAAUACUCCUUGUGUCAGCCGGGGGAACGCUCCGGUCCAGGUACUGGGGAGGGCAGAACAAUUAGUAGUGGCUUCUUACAGAGGGUGUCGCUUGCCUUUUACUGCUUCUUCCUUUACAGCUCUUGCUGUGCCAUUUGGUUUCUCUGGAUGAUCUCAGGGAGGACUGAUGGAGGAUGGAUUCCACCCCCCACUCUGAAAGCCGCUGCGGUGAGAGGCACAGAGUUUCCAUGCACCUGUCUGCGGGAAUCUCAGUGCAGUUUGAGUCUCUCCCCUCUCCCCAGGGGUUUAAUUGUUACAGGGCGGUUGGUUCUCUUCAGCUUUGGUCACUGUUGGCCCCCGAGAGCUUUCAAACCAACCUGCCUUGGCCUUUGGCUGCUAGUUCAAGCAUCUUUCCAUUAAAAUCCCCCCCCUUUCUCUCAGUGACGCUGUUGAGAAACAAAACCCACUUUCUAGAGGUGUAGCAUGGACAUCCUAUAAUAUUGCACUGAACUUAAUGUCGGCUAGGGGCCAUAUUCUGGUCUCUGCAAAGUCAAUGGCUGCUUUUGACUUUGACUCUGGUGGAGCCCAGCUGUGUCCCUGGUGUAUUUAUAUUCUCUUUGAUGUACCGUUUACUCCUCCUUCAUCCUGACACGUUGCUUUGAGUAGCUAGUUACCGUGUAUCAAGAAUACCCUCUGUGUCCCACAUAGUGGUCACGCCCUCACCUUGCCCGCAGUCUCGUGAUGGCAUGUGACACUGUCGUGAUGGCAUCAUGUUAAUUCCACAGCGGCCACCUGCGUGGGUCCAAGACCCACUGUCUCUCUCCGGCCUUACCAAGCAUCUUUGCAUUGUACUGAUCUGCGACAAGCCCAUUCAGACUGGCCAGCUGCCCUCAUUUCCCCCUGCCCGUACCCCGGGGACUGUCUCAAUGGAACUUCAUGGAGUCAUUCAUUCAUCAGAAGUGCCCGCACAGUGAAGAUCCUUUGGGAGUAUCCCACAUUUCCUAGCGGGACCCAGAGAUAUUUUUUUGUGCUGGGCAAACCCCCACUCCUUCAUCAUUCACCAGGGCGCUGAUGAAACUAGCAGCCGUAGCAGUGCGUCUCUGGGUAGGCAUCGGCUGUUCCUCCGGGCCGGAUCCUCGGCUGGUGUCAUUCGUCCAAACUCUGGGGCGGGGAAGGGAAGGAAGAGACUCUCGCUCGCUGUGGGCUGGGAGGUGGCGUUCGCCCUCCGGCAUUGGAGUGGAAAAUGUAAUGCAUGGCGAACCGGCCAUUUCCACCCCGAUGCUCUGCCUAGAGAUGGGCCCAAACCACUAACAGUUAAUCUGGAGCAACUAGAUCCCUGGCAUUUCCAGGGGUAUUCAGAUGCAGGGUUUGGGCCCCACUCUCGAAUUGCGCUGGGGAGUGGGUGUGGUGUGAAUUGGUUUACUUAGGGUGAGGAUUGUCUGGGCCCAAGGGGAAUCCCGAGCUCCUUAUCUGAGGAAACUCUCAGAAGGGGAGGGCUUGUCCACACUUGAAAGUUAAUGCGGACUAAAGCACAGUGUAAAUGGAAAGUGCAUUAGCUGUUCCUGAUUAACCCCCAUGUAUGGACCCUUUUAUUCCACAACAAGCGUGCCCCGUUCCUGUUUAGUUUCACCAUUGACCUGGAAUACGAGGAUCCACAAAUGGAACAACUCCACGGGUAGUUGAGCCCUGGAUUGUGGGGUUCAUCCAUGGAACUGCGAGACCCCAGGAAGUUAGAGGGUUCCAAACUUGCCAUAAGAAGGGCUUGUGGUUUAACAGGGAUCAGAGCAGGGCCAACCUGCGGCUCGGGUGACCCUAGGGGCUGGCCAAAGCGAUGACUAGCCUCUGGCCCCACAUGCUGGGUGGCCGAGGGGUGCGUUACCGACUGAUGGUGCUGGCGAUCCAGGGUGGAUGGAUGCCAAAAUUAUAGGACCAUGAAUUGACUGAUGGGCUUGAUGUGGACAUCACUGGGUGCGGCGCUCUGGCCUGCGUUAUGUGUACCUGACGCACAAGCCACGCAGGGGUGGAUCCAUGCAGGAGCUUGGAUCAUAUUGGUCCCUUCUGGCCUUAAUGGGCAUGUCUCCACUGCAGUUAAAUUCCAGUGGCUGGCCCGUGUCAUCUGACUCGGGCUUGGGCUAUAAAACUGUAGGGACCCUUGUGGGGUCCCGGGCUCCAGCCUAACCCCAGACAUUUACAGUGCAGUCUUAUAGCCCUGCAGCCUGAUCCCCGCGAGCCCGAGUCACCUGAGCCCCGGGUGUUUAAUCACAGCGUAGACGUACCCAAAGCCUAUGAAUCAGAGAGCAAUUCCAGACGCUUCCAAGCAGCUGACGCCAGUGCCGCUGGGUAAGGUGCCUGAGUCUAGCAGGGGCGCGGGCCUUUGGGAAAAUGCAUUCAAACCGGUUUUGUGCAUUCUGGGGAGGUGGGGAUGACACCCCGCCAUUCAUGGCUCUCCCCCCCGUAUCUCAUGUCACGCUGCAUCUGGGGCUGGAAGUCGUGGCAUUGGGCAAAAAAGGGCCCAAUCCUGCGAGAUUGCAGAAAAAUUCCAAGCAGGCUCUGAGCACCCUCAAGUCCCACUGAAGUCGGCGGGGGCUGAAAGGGCUUGAGUCUCCUUGGAAGGCCAGCGGGCAUAAAUCGAUGUAGCCCCUCUGCACCGAUUUACACUGACGGAGGAGCUGAUGCAUCCUCCUUGGCUGAUGCAUCACUCCUUUCCAUACUCUGGUAACACACGCUCGCCCACAAGCUGUGGAUGUCACAGACAAGACAAAAAGAAAAGGAGUACUUGUGGCACCUUAGAGACUAACCAAUUUAUUUGAGCAUACGCUUUCGUGAGCUACAGCUCACUUCAUCAGAUGCAUACUGUGGAAAGUGCAUCCGAUGAAGUGAGCUGUAGCUCACGAACGCUUAUGCUCAAAUAAAUUGGUUAGUCUCUAAGGUGCCACAAGUACUCCUUUUCUUUUUGCGAAUACAGAGUAACACGGCUGUUACUCUGAAACAGACAAGACAAGCAUUUUCAGCAGGCGGAGGAUUCCAGCCAUAUUGAAGUCAUGUCACUUUAAGGUUGGGGGAGGGGCCAGCACUGGGGGGGAGGAGUCAAGGGCUAGAGAAGUGCCCGCGAGCAAUUUAAUUUCCCCACUACUGACACCACUUGUCCCACAUCCACAUGAAAUCUACCUCAGAGCCAACGAGAAGCAGAAAGGAUGGAGAGGCAAGAUGGGGCUGAGCUGCCCAGGUCCGUCUGUAGGGGUCUGAUGCAUUCUGCAUCGUGGCGCAAAGCCUGAUGCGACAAUGCACGGCUCUGUCUGAAGAGCCCAGAGCUACCCCUUCCCCAUGCGUGGCCUGCAGAGAGCUCUCAGUGUGUUGUUUAUUGUAGGCUGCUCCGGGCCUGUUACUUCAAUCCCCCCUGUUCUAGUCCAACGAUCCAAAGCAGAAAUACGUGAUGUGGUAUAAUCUCCGCCCCUCUCCCAACCGAGCACCCAAUCGGGAGAUCCAAGCGGCCUGUCAGUCAUCGUUCUGUGCUGCAUGCUCUUGACUGACCCCUCUCGAUACGGCCCGCCAACGAACACGGGCCCCUGAGAUCCUCAGCUCAGGAGAACGUGGAGAGACAUUGGUCUGUACGUAUCUUCCUUUUGUGUAUGUUCUCUUUGAAGAGAUCCUGUGCUCUGUGAAACAGAAUAAGUCAAAUAAAAGUUACCUAUAGACUGAAGCGUCAA